UCCUUUUCAUAGAAGGUACAAAUCUCUUCUCACUCCAACCAGCUACGCAACUGAGGGAUUCAUUUGACCACCACUAAAGGAAACAUGGGCGAUCAAAACCCUAUGGUACAGGAACCGGUGGCAAAAUUCUAUGUGGUAGAAGAUCCAGAGGAGGAUGAAAUCAAGACCCAGAAGGCAAUUCCCGACACCAAUGAGAUUGGCGCAUACCUCAAAUAUCUGAUCUUGAACCACCGAAUGGGCUUGCAAAACAUGUAUGGUAAGAUUGAAGCGGAGUUAAACAAAAGCCUGGCAGUAGCAAUCAAAAGGGGAGAGAUAAUGGCGAGAAGGUUGAUUCUGGAGAUGGGAUGCGGUUAUGAAGUCGCGAAAGAAUUAACUGUGUUGACACUUUAUGAUAUGGCUAUAUUAAUUGAUGACUCUGAUUCCAUGAUCUACGAGGAAGAGGGCAAAAGGAAGGAAUGUCUGAUACAAUAUAUCGACCACAUCACCGACAUCUAUAAGUUGGCAAAUGAGUCCGGUAUCCUUGCUAUGCGCUUCAUGAACGGUCAUAAAGGUAAAAAAAACUGGACCGGGGAGUCGAAAGAAUAUCUGGAUCAGCACAAAUAUGGAGGCCCGACAAGAAUAGGAACGGAACUCAAGCAGAAGAUUUUGGACUUAUUUGUAACCGGAAACGAGAAACAGGUCAGGCCAUUACUAGUGCUAAUUGUUACCGAUGGCGUGGUUGAGGGGGAGAGGAGAGGCCGUCUGAAAAAAGUUAUUCAAGAUAGUGUGAAUGAACGUCAAGAAGCAGGUAAAGGGUUCGACGCCAUAUCGUUCCAAUUCUCAUGCAUUGGAAACGAUCCGUUUGCCCGUCAGUUAUUGAUAGAACUAGACCAAGACCGAGAGCUUGGUGGAUACAUCGACGUGUUCCCGGUUGAAUGCGAAUUCAAACGCCAGCUCGAGGAAGACAAGUGGUUUGUGGUGAGUUAUGAUCUGCUCUUCUCCGGGCUGAAUGAAUGA